CACAAAUGUGCUAAUUGCAAAGGGGAUGCACUCUAUGCAUGCUUCUGUUGUCCAACUUCCUCUACUUGUCAAGACUGCCUGGCAAAAGUUGACUUUGUCCCACUGAAAGAGAGCAAAGGAUUCUGCAGCAGCUGCUUAAGUAUGGCAAUAGUCACUGAGAAAGACGCUGGCGAUGAACAGCCUGCAGAUGCCCCAGAGCCAGAGGACUAUGAAUUAUUGUUUAAAGAUUACUGGGAAGUAAUUAAAGGCAAAGAGUGUCUCACAUUGCUCGACUUGCAAGCAGCAAGUAUUCUUCUGAAAAGACAAAGCUGUAAAGAAGGUAGGGAUUCAGAUGAACAUCACAACACUGAUGGACAGUCAUUGGGUAAUGAUGAUGCUGGGCAAACAUUUCUGCUUGAGCCAAUGGACAAACCAAGUGAAGUGCAAGCACCACCAAAGAGAAAGAAGUCAAAUAAGAAAACAUAUGUUGGCUGGGCUUCAAAAGAGCUAACUGAAUUCCUAUCCUGUAUCGGUAAGGAUUCAACAAAGCCUCUUGAUCAUUACGGAGUUACUCGAGUUGUCAGGGAGUACAUCCAACAGAAUCUACAGGAGAAUACAACAACACCAAAGCCUUUUGUCCCAAGCAAGUCGGGACAAAAGGAGAAUAAGAAAAAAAAAUCUGUGGAUUGUGAUGUUAAUCUGCAUUCUUUAUUUGGUAAAAACAAAGUGAAGUUAAACAUGAUCCAUAGCCUGCUGGAAACACAUCUCGCUGUAAAUGCCAUUUCAGAGGAUGAAAGCGAUGGAUCUGGGGAUGACUAUGGCUUGACGGUAAAAAAGAAGCCGCGCAAUUGUCUGGAGCCAAAAGUUCUUAAUAAGGUUUCAGGAAUAGACAAGAGAUGUGUUGCUGCUCUCAAUCAGAAUAACUUGAAUUUAAUUUAUUUGAGAAGAACUUUGGUUGUGAAACUUCUGAGUGAGCUAGACACGUUUCAUCAGAAAGUUGUCGGUUGUUUCGUUAGAGUGAAGAAUGAUGUCAAGAGUUAUACUUAUAUGAUGACUAAGAAACAUUUCCAGCUUGGCCUAGUUACAGGCAUUAAGAAAUCUUCAGAAGAAUACAAGAUUAAUAAGGAUAAUAAAUGUACAGACAUUCUUUUAUGUGUUUCCAGUAUGUUGGAUGAUGUCAAGAUCUCAUCGCUGUCAGAUGAAGACAUUGAGGAGGAUGAGUGCAACGAUCUUCUUCUCUCGGCAAAGAAAGAUCACUUCAAAAGGCCUACUGUUGCUGAGUUAGAGGAAAAAGAGGCAAGCGUACAUGCAGACAUAGUAAAUCAUUGGAUUGACAGGGAGCUUCAAAAGAUAGAAAAUGAAUUGGAGAGAGCGCAUGUGAAGGGGUGGCGCCAAGAAUUCUAUGACCUAAGUUGCCGAAAAAAAGUUCUAAGCACACCAGUUGAAAGACAACGCCGUCUUGAGGAGAUCCCAGAAAUUAUUCCAGACGCAGAAGAGAGUAAAGAUCCUGAAAUUGAACCAGCAGCUAGUGGCCCUGUCCAAGCGGAUCGAGGUAGCAGACGGAAUAUUGCUGCUUGCUUAAAGGAUGCAGAAGAAAUAUCUAAAGAUGCAGCAAAGCAGUUGCCUGUUUCACUGGAAUUCAUCAUAGAAGAACCACGAGAAGCAAAGCAGUUACCUGUUUCUCUGAAAGACAUCAUAGACGAACGAGGAGAAGGUGUAACACAGCAAGUAGCUGAUUCUUUGGAAGUAGGCAUAGAUGAAUCACCAGAAGGUGCAUCUUUGCGAAAUUCUGCUGCUUGUGAAGUUGCUUUUGAAGCUGGCGGUAAAGCCCUCUGUAAUGGUGGCACUCCUGGUCCUGUAAUGUCUAUUCCAGUGCACAACUGUCAAGUUAAUGCAGAUGGUGGCACAACUCAAGUCAUUAAUAUAGACAGUGGCAAGGAUGGAAAUGGUUCUAGGCAUCACGUUGGUUGUGACAAAGAGGUCAUCAAUCUGGACAGCGAUGACGACGAGGAUAUUCAUAUGGAGCAGCGUGUGCCAGAACGGGCAACAUGUGGUGCACCUGAAGCCACGAACGGGAUCACUGCACGUACACAUCAUGCCCCGGAAGCGGUCGAUCGGAACACUGUGUACACACAUCAUGCCUCUGAAGUAGCCUAUGAGUUCGCUGCACAUAAACAUGAUGCUGCGAAAGCCGGCAAUGGGGUCACCGUACCUACAGUUUGUGCUUCCAAAGAUCUCAAUGGAAUCACUGUGCCUGCAGUCAGCACUUCACAAGCCAUGACUGAGGGUGUGGCGCCUGCUCGCAUAACCCUGAACGGGGCCACCGAGUCUUUAAGGAUGUGGCAUUACAUUGAUCCUACAGGAAAAGAACAAGGGCCACACUCGAUGGAUCAAAUGCGGAAGUGGCAAGAAGCCGGCUACUUCGAUCAGGCCUUCCUCGUGUGGAGAACAGGGCAGACACGGAGGAAAGCCAUCUUGCUUGUAGAGGCCAUGCGGAUGACGUUCUAGUGCGGCGGCCCCUAUGCAUUGCAUUUUGCUUGGAAAACCUUAGGCUGACAAGGUGUUUUUUGUUCGUUGCUUUGCCAAGUGUAACUGAACCUGGGAUCAUUUAUGUUAAUAAGUUAGCGUGGAUGUUUAGCUUGGGCAGGAGAUGGUCUAGAGUGGAAUAACUUUUCUUUUUGUCU